AGAUACAUCAAGUAUCUUUCCUUACAUCUAAAUGGUGGGACAACCUCCUAGACCUUAUAUGUGAAUGUGGCCAUGCAAAGUAAAGAGGUUGCCCUGGUUCAGCUUGAAGAACUGACAGACUGCUAUCCACUUGUGGCCUAUACAGUUUGUUCCAAACGUAUGGUAACCCUGAAGAGACACAUCGUCAUCAAAGAUGAAAAAAUCAGGAUGGCAGGACCAGUUAGCUUCAGAAUCCUUUUUGGAAGUGAAGAUGAUGCAACAAAACUAACCAUUAAAUCCGGAAUACCGUCUUCUGUGGAUGAAUUGGCUUUUGAAAUUAAGACCUUCUUCAGAGUAACAGAGCAGUUUAGGCUUCAAUACAAAGACGUAGACUUUGGAAACGAAUUCAUGAACCUCUUAUCAAUUUCUGAUAUUCAAGAUCGCAGUACUUUGAAAGUGGUAUACUUACCUUGUGAGGCUACCACCUCCGCAAUAUCCUCAGCUCCAUCCAUUAAAGAUAACUGCUCCACAAUCCCAGUUACUCCCUCCAAUGUAUCUUGCAGCUCCUUGUCACAAGAACCAAGUGAUUCAGCAUCUGCUGACUCCUGUAGCAGCAAUGAUACUGUCAUAUUGUCAUCUCCUGACUCCCGGUCUUGCACUUGGCCUAAAGAAUUUGUAGUGCCACGAUUUUCAUAUUGUGCCGAGAUGCAGCUCCAGAAGGGAAAUGAUGAAUUCAAUGCAAAUGGAACUCUCCUAUCUCUUACGCCCAAACUCAGAUCUGAUAUUCUUGAAGGGAUUGCAGAAGAAAUAAUCAAGUAUACAGCAUAUCCAAAGGACAAUCAGUUUGAAAAAGUUGCUGAGGCCUUGAUACAAACCCAUCCAUGUUUGCGUGAGAAAGGAACUCGGACUGGGUGUUGUGGAUGGAAGCACUAUAUUAAGAUAAAAAUGAUGAACUUCCGCACCAAGCUUGGCCGAGCUGGACACCCAGAAGACACAGUCAACUCACUUAAAAACAAACAGAAAGGCCAGGGAAAACCAGCUGCAAACAUAAAAAAGCCACAGAGGGCAGAGCCUGGAGGUGGAAAGGGUUGCUCUAUUGACCGAGGUAAAAAAAAAGAAUAA